AAGCUGAUGUGUAACGUUUCAAGUCUCUCUCACCACAACUUUGUCACCUUGUAGCCUUUUUCUUGAGCAAGCGUUUCUCUUCGAGAAAACUCUUGCCACCAAACAACGACGGCAGCUGCCAAAGCACCCCCCUCGCCACCGACUCCAGCCAAGGGCAUUUUGUCGAACGGGUAGAAGAGGGUCGUCGGCAGGGAUGGGGAGGUUGUCGGUGGUGGCCGUAGCGAUGGUGGUGCUGCUGGCGGUGGCGAGCGUGGGGGAGGGGAAGAAAAAGGAUAAGGAGAAGGUGUGCGAUAAGGGGUGGGAGUGCAGUGGGAGUAAAUACUGCUGCAACGAGACGAUCACCGACUACUUCCAGGUGUACCAGUUCGAGAAUCUAUUCAGCAAGAGGAAUGCGCCCGUGGCCCACGCGGUCGGGUUCUGGGACUACCAAUCCUUCAUCACGGCGGCCGCCGUGUACGAGCCCCUCGGCUUCGGCACCACCGGCGGCAAGCAGAUGGGGAUGAAGGAGGUCGCCGCCUUCUUCGGCCAUGUCGGCAGCAAGACCUCCUGUGGGUAUGGUGUUGCCACUGGUGGCCCUCUUGCAUGGGGACUUUGCUAUAACCAUGAAAUGAGCCCAAGCCAGUCCUAUUGUGCAGAUGACUACAAGUACCCUUGCACCCCAGGUGCUGAGUACUAUGGUCGUGGUGCUCUUCCUGUGUACUGGAACUACAAUUAUGGAGUUCUUGGGGAGGGACUCAAGGUUGAUCUGUUGAAUCAUCCAGAAUACUUAGAGCAGAAUGCUACCCUGGCUUUCCAAGCUGCCAUGUGGAGGUGGAUGACCCCGAUGAAGAAGAAGCAGCCUUCAGCCCAUGAUGUGUUUGUGGGCAACUGGAAGCCCUCGAAGAAUGAUACCUUGGAGAAGAGGCUACCUGGCUUCGGGAUGACCAUGAACAUUCUGUAUGCAGAUCUUGUCUGCGGACAGGGCUUCAUUGAUUCCAUGAACAACAUCAUAUCCCACUACCAAUAUUACCUGGACCUGAUGGGGAUCGGGCGUGAGUUCUCUGGAGAUAAUCUUGACUGUGCUGAACAAAAGGCUCUCAACCCAUCUGGCAAAUCUGCUUCUUCUUAACUGCAAAGGAAGAAGCUGGCCAUCUCAAUUGGAUCCUCAUAGAGGAUGCCACGAAUAAAUGGUCGUCGUUCUACUGCUCCAUUGUAAGUUUGUGUUAAUGUGAAACUGUACUGUUGUGGUUCGAGUAGUAUUUGAAGGAUGGAACUGUUCUCUGUAGGAGGUGAACUACUGUUUAUACUACAAUGUUUUGUAGAUGAUGCCUAUGAGGCGGUUGUUGCUCAUGUUAUACUGUGUUUGCGAAACAAACUUUUGGUGAAUAUUCUAUUUUUUUUUUGUUUU